UUCGUACUUCCUGUUUGGAGAACAGAUAGAGGAAGAAGAGAGGAGAAUCCUCUCUCGUAGCAACACAAGGAGAUGUUUGACAGCUUCAUCAUCUGCAAUACGUACAUUUAACUGGACCAUUCGGUGUAUUAAUAUAUACGUUUUUGUUUCCUUCGGAAUUUAACAGUUAUUAUUCGGAUACGUAGCUAUCUUUAGCACCAAACCAAACGAGCCAAAUGAGCGCAGCAGCAUUCCCUUCCCCCACGGCAGAGAUGGCCGAGAUGAACCGAAUCCAGUAUGAGCUGGAGUACACCGAAGGGAUCAGCCAGAGGAUGCGUAUCCCUGAGAUGCUCAAAGUGGCUCCUCAAGCCCAUGAAAUCCCUAAUGUUGGAUCUCAGGAUGUCUACCAAGGUGUCAUAAUGCAAGUCCCAGAGAGAAUUGUGAUUUCAGGAGACAGUAAUGAUGCCCAGUUCCCCAGACCCAGAGACCUGGACCUAAUCCAGUCAACACCAAUAGACACCCUAUCACUGAAGACUCCACCCAGAGUCCUCACCCUCAAUGAGCGGCCCCUGGACUUCCUGGAGGAGGAGCAGCGAGCAGCUCCAGACAGCGAGGAGGUGUUGCGGCCCCAAGGACGAUUACGGCGGGAACGCUCAGCCAGUGAGAAUGCGGCUGCUCGUUAUAACAGUCAGCUGACCCACAAUGAUUCUGCUGCGACCCCGUCCCCCCCAGCCACUGUCCACCCUUGCCCCCCUCUCACCGUGACUGAGGAAGAACACAACCUGUACAGCGCUAGCGGUGUUCUAUCUUUCAUCCAGUCCACUACACGUCGGGCUUACCAACAAGUCCUGGAGGUCUUGGAUGAGAACCCUCGCAGCAAACCAUCACUGCGAGGGGGGUCGGCCUCGAGCUCCAACCCCCUGCAUGACUCCAGGCUCGCCUUAUCAACAUAUGAAGCCACACUGGAUGGAGGGCCUGAUGACAUGACUGUGGUUGAUGCAACAACACUGCGACGUCAGCUCAUCAAGUUGAACAGGAGACUCCAACAUUUGGAGGAGGAGAACAAGGAGCGAACAAAGAGAGAGAUGAUCCUGUACUCGGUCACUGUGGCUUUCUGGCUCGUCAACACCUGGGUGUGGUUGCGACGUUAGAGUCGUCCCAUGUUGCUGCCGUCACCAUGAAGGAAGAGCGCACUGGCCCCUAUUCCACGUGUCAAAUGUUAGCUACUCGCUGCACUCAGUCCCUGUGUGUUCAGGACCUUGACAUGUGUUCAAGGCCUGUGGCCCACAAGGCUGAUAUUAUGAUUUUUGUUUAUUUAAUACAUGUACAGUUUUAUUUUUUUACUCUUAUUUCACCCUGUCUCAUUUUUUCUCACAUUUUUGUUUUUAUUACAAAUCUUCUUGCUCAAUGCUAAGCAUGACUUGCUGUAAAUAUUUAUUCAUGUCACUCAGAGCUUUGGGGGGAACUCAACCAGAGAUACAGUAUAUCGUAGUUUACCAAUAUAGGUAAAUGGAGGUGUAGUGUUGAGAUGUAACAUGUUGAAUAUUUAUUGCUGACAGAGAAAUAUGUGACUUGGACUUGGAAAUGUAAUACAAUUUAGUAAAACCAUA